GCGCGUGCGCAGAAGGCGCGUUCCCCUCAGCGGUGCCUUUCGUCCGCCGCCUCACCGUCGGCGGGACGGCGGAGGGAGAUGACGUCACAGCGGCGGGACGCACGGCGGCGCCACAGCGCGGGGAGAAGGCGAGGCUAUGAUGACUUCAUGGGGUCAGCCAAAAACGUGAUUAGUGAAUCUGUUGAUGUAGAGGAUGGUUACGGCAUGAUGGCUUCUUUCCAGCGCUCUAACAGUCAUGACAAGGUCCGAAAAAUUGUGGCCGAGGAGGGUCGCACAGCAAGGAAUUUGAUUGCAUGGAGCGUGCCACUGGAAAACAAAGAAGAUGAGGGAAAACCAAAAUGGCAAAUUGGAGGAAAAUCUAAGAAAGCAACUCAGGGAAUUCACAAAACAACAAAACAGAGCACUACACCAGACUGCAAAAUAGCAGCGGCUGGGGAGAAGAACUUCGACAAAAGCCCCACGAAAACAAGGCAGCCGCGGAAAGUGGAUCUCCGAGCUCGAUACUGGGCAUUCCUUUUCGAUAACCUGAGGCGUGCGGUGGAUGAGAUCUACGUCACUUGCGAGUCAGACCAGAGUGUAGUCGAGUGCAAGGAGGUGCUCAUGAUGCUGGACAACUACGUCCGAGAUUUCAAGGCUUUGAUUGACUGGAUACAGCUCCAGGAGAAGCUAGAGAAAGCAGAUGCACAGAGCAGACCUACUUCACUCGCAUGGGAAGUUAAAAAGAUGUCCCCAGGACGCCACGUCAUUCCAAAUCUAGAGCGAAGAGAUGCCGAAGGGUGGGAGACAGUGCAGCGUGGGAGGCCUGUGAGGUCCAAGUCGUUUCCUUUGGCCACAAAGACAGCUUCCUCUGCAGAAUCGUCACGGUUCAAGGACGACAGUGACAAGGAAAAUGUCAUCCUUUGUCCCUCGGAGAAUAGGCAGAAAGGCUUGUUAAUGGAAGACGGUGUCUCAAAAACUACAGAGCCUAACUGGAAAGAUCCUUCUCACCAGUGUGAGCACCCGCUUGCCGAAAGAACACAGUUCACGGCCCGUGUCCUGGAGGACGUAAAGGUCUCAGAAAAGAACGGUUUGGGAGACGGCUCUCUGCAGGCCCCUUCCGAAGUUCCCGUUGUCCUCAUAGAUGCUGAGCAUCUUCCAAAAGAUCCGCAGGCGGAAGAAACAAUCUGCGUUGCUUCCAAAAAUGAUAAUGGGAGCCAAGGAGAAAAAAAGAAGAUGGAAAGCGAAAUGGACCCAGCAGAUAUUUCAAACUCCAUGGCAGAAGUCUUGGCUAAAAAGGAGGAGCUGGCCGACCGGCUGGAAAAGGCCAACGAGGAGGCCAUUGCGAGCGCUAUUGCUGAAGAGGAACAACUAACCAGAGAGAUCGAAGCUGAGGAGAACAACGACAUCAACAUCGAAACCGACAACGACAGUGACUUCUCUGCCAGCAUGGGAAGUGGGAGUUUUUCCUUCUGCGGCAUUUCCAUGGACUGGAAUGAUGUCCUGGCUGAUUAUGAAGCUCGUGAAUCGUGGCGUCAGAAUAACUCUUGGGGUGACAUCGUGGAAGAAGAACCUUCCCGACCCCCAGGCCAUGGCAUACACAUGCAUGAGAAGCUCUCCUCGCCUUCUCGCAAAAGGACCAUUGCAGAAUCUAAAAAGAAACACGAAGAGAAACAGAUGAAAGCUCAACAGCUGAGAGAGAAAUUGCGCGAGGAGAAAACUCUGAAGCUUCAGAAGUUAAUGGAACGGGAAAAAGAUGUCCGGAAAUGGAAGGAGGAACUGUUGGAUCAGAGGCGGAGAAUGAUGGAGGAAAAGCUGCUCCAUGCCGAAUUCAAGCGGGAAGUUCAGUUGCAAGCCAUUGUGAAAAAAGCGCAAGAGGAAGAAGCUAAGGUAAACGAAAUCGCCUUUAUCAAUACUUUGGAAGCCCAGAACAAGCGCCACGAUGUUUUGUCCAAACUGAAAGAAUAUGAGCAAAGGCUGAAUGAAUUGCAGGAGGAGCGCCAGCGGAGGCAGGAGGAGAAGCAAGCCCGCGACGAAGCCGUUCAGGAACGCAAAAGAGCUCUGGAAGCCGAGCGCCAGGCCCGGGUCGAAGAGUUGCUGAUGAAGAGGAAAGAGCAAGAGGCCCGGAUUGAACAGCAGCGGCAGGAGAAGGAAAGAGCGAGGGAAGACGCCGCUCGGGAAAGGGCCAGAGACCGCGAAGAGAGGCUGGCAGCUUUGACGGCAGCUCAACAGGAAGCUAUGGAAGAACUGCAGAAGAAGAUCCAGUUGAAGCAUGACGAGAGCAUUCGGAGGCAUAUGGAGCAGAUAGAGCAGAGGAAAGAGAAAGCGGCGGAAUUAAGCAGCGGAAGACACGCCAACACUGACUAUGCCCCAAAACUCACACCCUACGAGCGGAAAAAGCAGUGCUCAUUGUGCAAUGUCGUGAUUUCCUCGGAAGUCUAUCUCUUUAGCCACAUUAAAGGGAAAAAGCACCAACAAGCCGUGAGAGAAAACAGCAGCAUCCAAGGACGGGAGCUUUCUGACGAAGAAGUGGAACACUUGUCGUUGAAGAAGUACAUUGUGGAUAUUUUAGUAGAAAGUUUGGUACCAACAGAGCCUUUAAAAGACAGCGAGGAGAGGCAGAAAACAAAAAAGAAAGCCAAGAAACUAAAAGCACGGAUGAACUCGAGGGCAAAGGAGUAUGAAAGUCUGAUGGAAGCGAAAAAUCUUUCCUGUGAUUCUCCGUACAAGGCAAAGCUGCAGCGAUUGGUGAAAGACCUGCUGAAACAGCUCCAGGGUCAAGACAGUAACAAAGCUUCAGCCCUGGAUAGGAUUUUGGGAGAGAUCUCACGCAUCUUGGAAAAAGAGAACACAGCCGAUCAAAUUGCAUUUCACAUUGCGGGGGGAUUUACGGCUCUGGAACAAAUUCUCCAGGUUGCGACGGCUUCUCCCAAUCUGAACACGGUUUCUCGGAUCCCUCUGAAAGCCUUUGGAAACGUCCCUUUGAUCUACAUGAGAAGACUAUUUAAGAAAUUUAUCUGUCGUGCCCCACAGAGGCGAUUUAACCCCCACGAUCGAGAACUGAAAUCGAGUGCAUACCUUCCCCCUUCCAACCUAAAACUAUUUGAAGACUUCACCAUGAAAUAUGAGAUUCAGACAUGUGUCUUUAAGGGACUGAAGACAGAAGAACGCGACGAAGGUGAUCGACUGGAGGGGUCCCGACGAAAUGCGCAAGACGCGCGCGCCCCUCGCCGCUGCGGCGCCGGCGACGCGCGACAUGCCUUUGCGGUUCGGGGCCCCUUCGGGCUGCGGUUGCGUUACAACCACGUCCGGCAGGACCUAUCCCCGGCCGAAUUGCGUACGGAGCACAUCCUGGACAAUGGGCGAGGCGGGCCGCACCCUCGCGCGCGGCCGACCCGGGGCCUCGUCUAUGUCCCAGAUGACCACAAUGCAACUUUAGGAAGAACUGCAAAUAAGCAAGUUUUUGAAGGCGUCGUGACGGGAAUCCUAAGGAUUGUGGCCACGGUGUUUGGGUGCCUGAUCUCCAGCAUGCCGUAUGGAAACAACCAGACCAGUGUGUCAAAAUUAAUCCAAGAAACAAAAAACAAGGCCUCACAAGCGGAAGUUUUUAACAGUAGAAUACAGGACCUCAUCUGCUACAUGGUAAAUAUAGGAUUGGUUGAAAAGCUGUGUUGCUGCUUCCUCUCCGUCCAAGGCCCAGUUGAUGAAAACCCCAAAGUCGCCGCUUUCUUACAAAACGCCACAAUGGCAUUGCAUGGGAUGUGCGAGCUAUGUUUUGCUGUUAAUGGCAGAUCUUGGAACAUAUUUGAUGAAUCCCGACAGGAUCCGACAGGGUUGACGGCCGCGCUGGAGGCCACGGACCUGGUGGGCGUCUUGCACAUGCUGUACUGCAUUCUCUUCCACGGCACGAUUGUGGACCUCAGUGCCGCCAGCCCCAAAGAGAGCUACGUGGAGAAUACGGUCCUCGUUGCCCUCCAGAGCUUGCGCUUCUUCAACAGCUUUGCGGUCCUCAACUUGCAGGCUUUCCAGUCCGUCGUUGGCGCAGAAGGAUUGUCCCUCGCCUUCCGGCACAUUACAAGCUCCUUAUUGUGGCACUGCUCCCAGCAUACCUGCGAAGCUCUGCUACACGAAGUCAUUGUGUGCAUUGGCUAUUUCACGGUGAACCACCUGGAUAAUCAGGUAAUCGUUCAGUCUGGCCGCCAUCCGACGGUGCUGCAGAAGCUGUGCCAGCUACCCUUCCAGUACUUCAGUGACCCUCGCCUCAUCAAAGUCCUCUUCCCGACCCUUAUUGCUGCUUGUUACAACAAUCCCCAGAACAAGAUCAUCCUGGAGCAGGAGAUGAGCUGCGUCUUGCUUGCCACCUUCAUCCAGGAUUUCACGCAGAGCCAGACUGACAAUCAGCCUUGCCAACCAAAUGAAAAGCUCUUCGGCCCCCAGUAUUACCUUGAGCUCAGCAACAGGUUUCCCCGCCAGACGUGGGAAGAGGCUCGGCAGUUCUUCUUGAAGAAAGAUCAAAAAUAAGGUUUACCUUUCUUUCCCCGUUUAGGUUUUCUUCUCACUCUUUUUAAUGGUUGACUGAUUCCUGACAUUACUGAGAUGUUGGGGUUGUUUUUUUUUUUUUUUGUAUUAAAGUUGCACCUAUUUGUAGAUAAAUAUUUAUAUACGUAAUUAAAAAAUAUGCAAUUUGCACUAUUUCGGUCGGAAGGAUUGUACAGACGUUAAAAUGCUCUUUUCCUCAUUUGCAAACAAGUUUGUUUGUAUGUUUUCUUUACCACAUGUCCCAUGACCUCUGCAACUCCCAUCGCCCCCAGCGGCAUGGAAGGGUUGGCAGUGGAUGAUGGCUGUUGUACAAAUACUUUGGAGCAUCUUAGGGAAUGAUAGGACACUCCAGGCUUCUCCCUUCGGAUGAUCACAAAACACUACAUUGCUUUCUUCCUAUCGGUGAUGCACUUGGACUAGUAAUAGGAAGAAAUUGUCCUCUUCUGUAUAAGUUAAUUUAUUUCGUUCUGUUGUCUGUUUUGUAUAACAUUUUUAUACCAUAUAUAUAUAUAUAUAUAUAUAUAUAUAUAUAUAUAUAUAUAUGAAUAUGAAUACCUAUAUAUGUAUAGGAAUGCUCUGAAUUUAAUUCUGUUAUUUAAAAAAAAGCACAAAAUCCCGAAAUGUAGAUAAGCUAAGGAAAUGCAAUGCCUCUUUGGGCUUCGUUUUUGAUUUACUUUGGUUUUGAGGAAUGGGUUGCAACAUAUGUAUGUUCUUUCAAAAGGCUGUCCCACAAGUCUGUAAGUGGGGGAGAGUUUUCACAAAAUUUAUUAAAAGCAAUGUUACAGCCGG